GCCCUUUAAAUAACUUAUUUUCUAUCCUUAGGAAAAAAGGAUGACAAGCGUGGUGUUCCUUGAUUUUGAUGAAGGACCACUGCGAGGAGCCAUGGACAUUUGUCGUGAGUUAUAACACCGUAAUUUGAAGAAUCUAGUAUAAAUGUACUUAAUGGACAGACCAGCAACAUGGAUGAUUUAGAGAUAAAUACUGAAGUUACUGGUGCUAAAGAAGAAGAAGAGGAAAUCCUAUGUGAUUUUGUAUCUGAGGAGGAAGGUGGCAUUCCUGAAUCACAAGAGAGUGACACAUUGUUUCAGAAAAACAGUACAUUGACUCUGCCAGAAGAGCUAUCCAGGGACAGAUCUGAAAAAGCCUUAAGUGGAGGCCAGACUUCUCUAUUUAUACACACUGGUGCUCCUACUGUUUCUAGUGAAAACUUUAUCUUGUCUAGAGGAACUGCUGUUAAUGGACCAGUUUCACACUCCACCUCAACAAAAACUUCCAUUAUGAAUAAAGGCAGUGUUUCACUAACCACUGGACAGCCUGUAGGUCAUCAUACAGAUUCUUGCUCAACUUUGACGGUGGUUCAUGAUCUUCAGCUGCCUGCAAAGAGUACAACAGAAAAUUCAAAUCAGCACCAAGUUUUAUUUUUGUUACCUGAUGUAGCACAUGCUAAGAACAUGACUCAUUCCAUUAAAAAUUUACCUACCUCUGCUUCAGUUGGUUGUGACUCACAGAAAUCAGUAGGAAAUAGUGUAGACAGCACUUUAGUAGGCCAAGUAGAAGUUUGUGAGGAUGAUAAAAAUUUACUGGUAAAAGACGAUUGUGUUGAUGCAUUAACAGGCAUUUCCUCAGGUACAGGUGGUUUCAGAUCGGGAUGUGAACCCAGCUGGGAUCCACAAAAAGAGUUUAUACAGUUUCUUAUGACAAAUGAAGAAACAAUAGAGAAGUCUCCCAUUCACUGUAAAGUAGGUUUAGAAAAAAAGAGAAAAAGAAAAAUGGAUGUUAGUAAAAUAACACGCUAUACUGAAGACUGUUUUGGUGAUACUACUUAUAUUCCUAGUAAGUCAAAACUGCUAACUGUUGACUUCUUAGAACAGAACGAGGAGCUACAAAUAGUAGAACCUCAGAAAUACUCAUUGAGUAAAGUAAAGCCUGAAUCCACAGAUGAAGAGCUGGAAGCUGUUGAUGCUAUCCAGCAGCUCAUUUAUAGUCCCACUGGUAGCUGUGCAGAGGAUGCUUCUCCUGUUCACACUAGUACUUUUCUUUCCAAUACUUUAAAAAAUAAAUGUGAACAGAAUGAUUCUGAAUCACCAUCUACCUUCAGUACUGAUGAACCAUCAUUUUAUCCCUGUACAAAGUGCAAUGUGAAUUUUAGGGAGAAGAAACAUCUGCAUAGGCAUAUGAUGUACCAUUUAGAUGGGAACAGCCAUUUCCGACAUCUCAAUGUCCCGAGGCCCUAUGCGUGUAGGGAAUGUGGGAGGACAUUUAGAGAUCGUAAUUCACUUCUUAAACACAUGAUAAUUCACCAAGAACGAAGACAGAAACUGAUGGAAGAAAUCCGUGAGCUGAAAGAGCUUCAGGAUGAGGGUAGGAGUGCACGGUUACAGUGCCCACAGUGUGUAUUUGGUACCAAUUGUCCCAAAACAUUUGUGCAGCAUGCAAAGACCCAUGAAAAAGAUAAAAGAUACUAUUGCUGUGAGGAAUGCAAUUUCAUGGCUGUGACGGAAAAUGAACUUGAAUGCCACCGAGGGAUUGCUCAUGGAGCAGUAGUCAAGUGUUCUGUUAUUGGUAGUGACAUGUCCCAGAGGAAGUCACAGAAGAAGGCAUCCAUGAAAGAUCCAUAUUUAGGAUCCUCAAAGAAGUCGUCGACGUACAUGUGUAAGAUGUGUCCAUUCACAACUUCAGCUAGAAGCAUUUUAAAAAAACACAUGGAAUAUUUGCAUCCAGCGUCUUGCAUUGAUCCCUUUGGUAGCCAUCUUAGACUAGAAAAAAGAAAAAGCAACAUAAUAGAAGAAUCUUUAGAUUUUGGUAGCAGGACAAAACAGUUGAUAAAACAAUCUUCUACGUUUCCAAAGAACUCAGUUUUAAAACAAGAUGUAAAACGAUCAUUUGGCUCUACUUCACAGUCCAGUAACUUCGGAAAACUUCACAAGCGACCCUACAGGAUACAGAAGGCUCGGAAAAGCGUUUCACAGUCAUCUAGACUUAACUCUGCUGAAAAAAAAGACAGCUAUGAAACGGAGGAUGAAAGUUCAUGGGAUAAUGCUGAACUGUGUGAUUACACUACGCGGUCUGUGGAGGAUGAAUCUUACAGUGAUAUUAAUCAGGAGCAUGUAAGCCUAUUCCCCAUAUUCAAAGGUAAAAUGGAAGAUCAUGAAGCUGGUGAUAAAUCUUCACUUAGUUAUGAGCAGAAUGAUGGCUUUUAUUUUGAGUAUUAUGAAGAUGCUGAGAGUAGUAACUUCCUGCAUGAUUUGCAUGAUGCACAGAAUUUAGAAAAUGUAGGAUCAGCAUUGCCAAAGCAUAAUUCAGUUUUCCAUUGGACUGAUUUGUCACUUGAAAAGAAGUCCUGCCCAUACUGCCCAGCAACCUUUGAAACAGGUGUUGGAUUGUCCAACCACGUCAGAGGACAUCUUCACAGAGCUGGAUUAAGCUAUGAAGCCCGUCAUGUUGUUUCACCAGAACAGAUAGCAACAAGUGACAAAAUGCAACAUUUUAAAAGAACUGGAACAGGAACUCCUGUUAAACGUGUUAGAAAAGCUUUGGACUGUAAGCAAAAGAAGUCAAGGUCAAGAUCUGGAAGCAAGAAAAAAAUGCUGCCAUUACCUCAUAGUGCUGAUGAAGUUUACAUACUCAGAUGCAGGUUUUGUGGUCUGGUCUUUCGAGGACCUCUGUCUGUUCAAGAAGACUGGAUAAAGCACUUGCAACGACACAUUGUCAACGCAAAUCUUCCACGGACUGGAGCUGGCAUGGUUGAAGUCACAUCGCUACUUAAAAAACCUGCUUCGAUUACUGAAACUUCAUUUUCUUUACUGAUGGCAGAAGCAGCAUCAUAGAACAAGAAAACAUUUUCAAUUUGAAUUGGAUGUAAAUUUGAAAUACUUUGUCAUUUUUUAAAAUAAAUUGUUACACUAAAUUAUGUUUAUAAAUCCUAAAGGCAAAAAUAGAGGAAGUGGAUUACAAUAACAUCAAAAUAAAUUGAAUACUUAACAGUUACAGUAAGUAGUCUUUAUAUUUUAUAUAGGGUGGAAGAUGUGUUUUUAAGGUUUAUUAUGUUUUUGUCAGUUACUGUGUUCACUAUCAAUACAAGACCAUUACAUGUAUAGCAGCCAUUUUUAAAUCGUUGCACAUGGGUACUUAAAAGACAGAUUUUAAUAAAACAAAGAAACCACAUUCUCUGCAGUGUUACCCAAAUCAAGGCUCUGUUUAUUCCAAAAAAAAAGAAAUUACAUAGUAAAAUAAGAUAUUAUAUUUUGUUUGUAUGUAUGUAGUGUUUUGUAUAAUAUCAAGAACUGCUAAUAACAAUUUACUCAACUUUAGGGCAUUAAAUACCAUGUUACUUCAUAGUUCAAGAGACUGUUUCAUUCAAAUAGGGCAAUUAGUACUCUUCUAUCUAGGUGUGUAAGUGUUUUUUUUAAAUCACAUGAGGCUUUUUGUACUAAAAAGUGGAGGGAAACUUGUCUAAACAAAUUUCUAAGAUAAAUAUGUACAUAAUACUGGAAAUUUGUGGUAAGGAAAUAUUCUUUACUUCAGUUGCAUUUCUCACUGACAAUAAAGUGGUGCAUCCAUGCUACCUCCUACUUGUCAACAAAGAUGGUAUUUACCCUUAUGUUUUUGUAUCAUAGUAGAUUCAAUCCAACUUUCUUUAUUACAAAGCAUCUUUUUGUUAACAAGUUUGUUCUUUAUGAUGAUUUACUUAAAAUCUGACUUGCUUACAGAAGUUUGCCUCUCUACUAUUUUAUUUAACACUGUAGAAAUGUACUAAUAAGCAUUGCUCACUACACGGUUUAGAGUAGACUUUUCAUUUAUAAUUCUGUUUAAAAGGUUGAUCAUUUUAGAAAAUUUGAACACAGGUUGAAAUGUUUCUACAUAUGAAGAGAAUGUUUACAACUUAAAUUUUAGAGCUUGUUUUGGAUGUGAUUAUAUGUAUGAAAACUGUAACACUAUGCUCAUGCUAAGGACCUACUUACAGAAUUACUGAAAUAAAUGUGCUGUGAGGAUGGAAAUAUGGUGCAGGUGUCUUGGUCAUGCUGAAUUGUGUUUGUUCAUUCAAACUGUCUUUGAAACAUGAUUUUUGUUUAAAUCAUAAGUCAGAUUCCUCUACAAAUCAAUUUUGUAUGCAAAUAACAUUUCAUUUUACUCAUAUAGGGUAACAAAUACUGUAGUUAAGCCAAGGAUAUGCAUUGAUAUUUUCCUUAUAUGUAAAUAAAGUUAAAAGCAGUUAAAGCAAGAGGAGUAUUUUGGUAGAGUAUAUACAUACCUCACUGCCAGUGAAAUUGCUUUCCUAUGGUAUAUCUCCUUACCAGAAAAAUCUCUAAAUAAAAAAGGUUUAAAGAAAAUCUAAA